AUGGAUUCCCACCCGCAUAGCUCGGAAGGGUUCAGCAUUCCGACCCAUUCAAGCGCUUCCACCACCCUCCGCUGCUGCUGUGGUCGUCAUGAUUGUGCUUUAUUGGAGCAUAAUAAUGUAGCCCUUGAGGGUUUGGAAAAAGACCUCGCAACUGCUGCAAGGCUUGGUCAGGUACGUGUGAUUUGGUAUCGGCCCAAUGACACGAUCGCUGUUGGGCGGAGGUUCUACGUGGUUCCAUAUUCCCCAUGGCUAGUUCCAUAUUCCCCAUGGCUACCUCUGGUCCCUGGUCACCCAUCCUCUCACAUUGCGUUGGCGUCCGUCAUGUCCACCUUUCAUGAUUUUACUGCUAAGGCAGGAUCUUUUGGGACGUCUUCGCUGACUUUUCCUUUACAGGCUUUGCUUCACCGCCAUGAAAGUUAUAUGGCUGAGGCCGAAGAAGAUCGUCAUCGCUUGAUCACUAGCAUUGACGAUCUAGAGCGCGAAAAGAAACAGGUCCAGGCUGAAAACGCGCGCAUCAUCGAGGAGAACCGCAGCCUACUCGAGCAACUGGACACUCUAAACAGAGCCGUCGCCGAGUCCGACGAUCAUGUCAAAACCCUCACUCUUACUCUAGAAAGCACCGAGACUGAGGUGCGAAGGUUGACGGUCGCGGCAACGCGCGCCGAAGACCUUGAAUCUCAAAUUGCUCUUAUGGAGACUGAGCAGUCUAAACUCCAAGAAAAUCUCACCUCAGCACACGAAGACGAGAAGUCGGCCGUCCAGCGGUGGAGGCAAGCGGAGUGCAAUUUACGUGACCUCCAUGACCAGGUUGACCGCAUCGAAAAAGAAGCGCGUGAAGAGAGCCAGCGACAUAACGAGUUAGUGGAGCGCAUGGAGCGGAAGAGGGCAGUGGAACGCGAGCUAGAUAACGCGGCAGGACGUCUUAAAGGCGCUGCCGCCGCCUCCGAAUUGAAUCGCAACACUGGUGGGACCAACGUGGUCUCUCGCUUUGUGAAGGACAUCUUACAGGACAAUGCCAAUCUGCAAGUCGGGAUCAUGGAGUUGCGCGACAUGCUGGAAAGCUCGAAUGAAGAAGUGCAGAACCUAAGGGAACAAGUUUUGUCUCAUCAGCCGCUGGUCGGCAUUGAUGAAGAUAAUACACAACCAAGGACUGUUUCUACAACAUUGUGCGAGGAACUGAGAGCGAAGGAAGAACGUCGCGUAUCCCAGGAACUCCAUAUUCAUCACCAUUAUCAUUCGCCGAUCCCACCCGCCAAGAAGGAGAAGGGCCCGCUCAAUCGUCGUGUCAAGAAACGCCGCCCUGCUCUAGGAAGCCCGGUUGCAAUGCAUUCUGCGGUGCGUUCUCAAUCCCCUCGGAGAAACAUGCAUCGCUCCCAAUCGUCCGGUUCAUCUAUGUCCACAAUCCUAUCCCAUACCUCUGUUUCCAUCCCACCACAAUCAUCACGUCGCUGGUCGUUGCAAUCAUACGCGCCGGAUUCAAUGGCAAGCUCUCCACAGUCUGCUUUUCAAACAGCAUCGAUAUUCGACCGUGUUGACCGUGGUCUUGAAUUCUCCCAGCCUACCAGCCCCGAAAGCACAGUUCUUUCCUCGCCCAUGAUGGGGAUGCGGAACUGGAAGGGUCUCGACGUGCCUUUCCGACCCAUGAAUGGAUUUGAGAGCGAUGAACAAUCUCACUCCUUGCCCACAUAUGAAGAAGAGAUAUACAACCGAGAUUUCCCCAAUACAGGCGACCAUACUAGACAACCCGUCAUCCCAGAGGAAUCUGAAUCUUCUCCUUCCGCCUCAUAUUUUGAUACAUCUGCACAGGAUCCGCAUCCAGCCGCCGACGAUGACAUCUUCGCCAUGCAUGUACAGCCUUCGACAUUGCGCAGGUCCUCGUCCCACGACAGUUUACUCUCCGUCUCCGUUGCCGGUAUGGACAUCCACACGCCCAACAACCGUCAUACGCGAAUGGGCAAUUGGCAUCCUGGCAUGAAGAUCCCCCAGCGCAUCCUUUCUCCCAGCGUUGAAUUGGUCUCAACGCCCCCCAUAAUAUCCGCCCCAGCCAUCCAAGCAGACCGCGCGGCAAGCUCGGUACAUACAUCCCAGUCAUUGCUAGCCUCUAUGGCUGCGAACAAUAAGUCCGACACAGCAUCCAUUGCCUCCGCAGAUAGCACCAGCACUCGCUCAACAGCCACCACCGAGCCCCGCAAGGCCACGAAUUUGGGACGCCGUGUCGGAGGCUGGGUCUUGGGCCGAUGGGGCAUGGCACCUGUCUCUGAUGAGGCGCAUAACCCCAAGGAUCCAGCAGAAUCUCCCAAUACAUCUGUUGCAUCAUCUCCCUCAGUCCCUGUACCCAAAAUGGACCCAUUGGCUCUUCGGUUCAGAUACCCCGGUGUGAACCAAAAGGGACCCAUAAAGGGGUUGCGGCCUCCACCCCCUGCCCCAAUCUCCCUCCAUCCCGACAGUAUAGACGAGGAUUUGUUGCGAGAAAGCUUGACCGAAUAA